CAAAUCGACGAGCAGAGCAGUGGGUAGGGUUUCUAGGGUUUUUCCAGAGCUCGAGCUUGGAGACAAUGGCGAAGACCUCGUACAAGAAGCUGAAAGGGAGCGUGCACUUCCGGCAGCGUCUCGUCCUAGCAACGCUCUCUUCAACGCCCGUUUCCAUAGAGGAUAUCCGCGCCGAUGAGACCUCACCUGGCCUCCGCCCUCAUGAGGUCUCUCUCCUCCGCCUCCUCGAGAAGAUCUCUGACGAUUGCGCUGUUGAGAUCAACGAGACCGGGACGAAGUUGAGGUUUAAGCCUGGGGUGGUGAUGGGAGGGAAGCAUUUGGUUCAUGAUUGCGGACUUAGCCGAUCAAUUGGGUACUUCUUAGAGCCAUUGAUUGUUCUCGGGAUUUUUGGGAAGAAGCCAUUGUCCAUGAGGCUCAAAGGGAUUACAAAUGAUCCCAAGGAUCCAAGUAUUGAUGUCUUCCGGAUGGUUACAUUGCAUAUGCUCAAGCGCUUUGGAGUUCCACUGGAGGGGUUGGAGUUAAAGAUUGAGAGCAGGGGAGCUCCUCCUCUAGGUGGUGGAGAGGUUGUUUUGGGGCUUCCUAUAGUACAUGAUAGCUUGACGGCAGCCACGUGGGUAGAUGAAGGAAUGGUUAAGAGCAUUAGAGGGGUAACAUUCUCUACCAGGGUAUCUCCUCAAAUUGGCAAUCGAAUUGUCUAUGCUGCUCGUGGAAUCUUUAAUCGGCUAAUUCCAGAUGUUCAUAUAUUUACUGACCACAGAUCUGGUCCAUCAGGAGGAAAGUCCCCUGGUUAUGGUGUAUCUUUAGUUGCAGAGACCACUACGGGGUGUUUGAUCUCUGCAGACUCUGCAGUCUGUUACUCACAGGGUGACAACAUGAAUGCUUUUGAAGAUUCAGAGGAGAAACCAGAGCUGAUGCCCCCUGAGGAUGUUGGCGUUCAAGCUGCUUCCAUGCUGCUUGGAGAGAUUGAGCAAGGAGGUGUGGUUGAUUCAACACACCAGGGUUUUCUGUUCCUUCUUUGUGCUCUAUGCCCACCAGAUGUGUCUAAGGUUCGCGUGGGGAAGCUCACUCCAUAUGGUAUAGAGACACUGAGACAUAUAAGAGAUUUUCUUGGUGUCAAAUUUAUUAUUCAGCCCGAAACUUCAACAAACACUGUGAUACUUAAAUGUGUUGGUUGUGGAAUGAAAAAUCUAUCCCGAAAGAUCACAUGAACAAGAAAAAUAUUCUCAUGUUUGAGAGCGCAUUCAAAUCCUGUUUUUUGUUUUUAUAUUUAAAUAGUGGCCUGUGGCAUUUGCUGAGUUCAUAUGUACCAACCAUGGAAUCACGAUUGGCCUGCAAGAUUCAGUUUGAUUAAUUGAUGAGUAUUUUACUCAUGCCCCCAGUUGAAUUUCA